GCACUCCAUGAUCACUUGUGAGUGUGACUGACAUUUAUAAUCUAACCUCACCUUAAAUAUAAAAUUGUUUACUAUUUGAACCUACAGGUUCUAUAGAUUAGUAAAAAUUUUUCAUUAUUGCAAAAAACAUGGAACGUUCUGAAUUGACAGAAUGUAAUAAAUUAAUUUCCCUCAAUAAAUGGCAAGAAGCUGCCACAACAUUGAAAUGUAUGGCAAAUACUGGUGAAAAUUUGGAAGAUGUCCUUGAAUUUGUUUCAUCCGAAUAUUUACAAAGAGGAGAAGGGGUGUCAAUCUUUCUGGUGGAGCUCUUUCGAUAUUUAAGAAAAUCUGCAACUCUUAACGAAAGUCAAAAUAUUUUAGCCAAUAAUAGGUUUAUACUGAAUGAAGUCAAAAUCAUAUUGCAAAAAUUGAUCGAUAAUGAAAAUGAAAACUUCUUGAUAAAAAUAAUACUUCAGUUUUUGGUGAACCUGGUGGUAGCGAAUCAGACUUCUUGUUUAAAAGUUUCAGAAAUUAUGUAUGAGGAGAUUCUUGAUUGUUUCUAUAAACGAAGAAAUGACUAUGAAGUCCUUGCUCUAUUGUAUAAUUUACAUUUGAAAAAUAGAGUCCUGUGCUUUAGAGAUGAAGUUUAUGAAAAUAUAUUGAAUUUUUCCAGAGAUAAUGACUGUGAAUAUGCUCAAUUUUUAUCUGAAUUGUUUUUGUACUCUGAAAGUUUCUGGAGACACUAUGAUAAACUGGAAAUAUCUUCUAGGAUAGAAGCAUUAGAAUUGCUUCAAAUGAGGUGGAUUAAAGGAAAAUUACAAAGUCUUCCAGAAAUUUCCUUGCAGAUUUUGAGUAAAAAAUUCUGGUCCUCAGAAAAUGUGAUAUUUCAAACAUUAUCUUCCAAUACUAAUUCUUUGGAACCAUAUGAAAUAUCUCUAUUGUUAGAUAUUUUAGGUUCAUUAUGUGGUAAUGAUAUUUAUCUUACCUCACUUCAGAAAGAUUAUGAUUUAGUUAUUAGGUGUGGAGUCUUGCUCAUUAAUAUACACAGGAUAGGAAAACAAUCGGAUAAUUAUUUUUCAUCAGUACAAAAACUGUCUGAAUUGAAAGAACCAAGUGAAGCUAUUCAGAAACACCCUGCAUUUGGCUUCAAGGUUGGAUUAGUUCGACUAGUAGGAAAUCUUUGUUGGAAGAACAAAAAAAUGCAAGAUUUGGUGAGAGAAACUGAAAUCAUACCCAUUCUUUUGGAUUGCUGCAACAUAGAUGCUAGAAAUCCACUGAUAAUGCAAUGGGUUAUUUUAGCGAUAAGAAAUUUGUGUGAAAAUAACUUGGAGAAUCAGAAAAUAAUAGCAGGACUUCAUAAAGAAGGAACUGUUAGUUCAGCAUUGGUUGAAGAAAUGGGAUUAACAAUACAUGAUGAUGAAAAAGGAGGAAUAAGAAUUGUCCCUCUUAACCUGAGAAAGUGACUUAUGAAGAACUACAUUUGUCUUAUUUUGUUACUGUAUAAAAAUUUUUAAUAAUAAAGACCAAUUGUUUUUC